GGCAACUUUGGUCAGCAGCUGUCACUUGCAACAAAAACAACUGGGGGGCCGGAAGAAGAAGAACUUUGACAGCUGCGCCGCAAUCGAAAUCGAAGAAAAACAUUUUACGAUGGGCAACGCGCUGACGCACUAUCUGAAACCGGACGUAAUGCCCGGUCCGGAUGUGGUGACCACCUUUGACCCAAUGCUGGGCUUUGAGACGCGCAAAGAGCGUGUGAUGAUCGCCACCCAAGAGGAGAUGGAGUCCGCUAAACUGCCGCUGGACGCCCGUGACUAUUGCGCCCAUCUGGCCAUUGCCUACCAGGCCUGCCGUACCGAUACCUUCCCGUUUGUGUACAAGUGUGCCCACCAGAAGCACGAGUACCUUACCUGCGAGUACGAGGACUAUGUUCUUCGCAUGAAGGAGUUUGAGCGGGAGCGUCGACUGCUGGAGCGCCAGAAGCGCCUCAACAAGGCCGCCUAGGCUAAGCUAGUUAUCCUCAAAAUCCCCUCCCGUUUACACCACCAGGAGACAAACCUGGCCGCGGAUCCACUGCCACUGCCCCAUGUUGCAAGCUAGUUUCCUGCGGAAAUGUCAAUAAACAACUCCAUGCUAGUAAUAAUGCGGAUCUGCUAACCAUUUUUUUUUAUUAGUCAUUAAACGAUUGAAAAACUGUCCGAAAAACAUGCGAGUAUCAAGUGGAACAACGAUUUGAAAUGGAGUUAAGUGGAAUAGCUAAAGGAUAAAGGUGUGAGAACUAUUGGAACAACUAAAAUAACACAAUACUUAAACGGAUUAAAUUGAUUGAAAAUCUUAUAUAUAUAAUUAUGAUUUGAAUCUGCUAAUAGGAACUUAUUAUUAUUUGACCCAAAAUUAGUUCAGGUGGAAGUAAUUAGGUGGCAUAAUGAAGCUACACGUGAAGGAAACUCAAAUAAAAUUUGAAUUUCCCUUUAAACUAUA